UGCAAAAAAUAUCACUGUAGAUUUAAAUUCUGACACUAUAAACCGUGUAAAAAUUAAUUCCUGGGAUGCUAAAAACCAACAUGUACAGCAGAGACCAAGCGCACGGCUGAUCUCACAGUGCGUGGACCGGCUGAACUCGCCUCGUGCCGGAGCUCUGCACACCAAACUACAACUGUUGAUAUCCGUGACGCAGUGAGGCGUAGACCGACCCACGUCUGGGCAGCCUGCAGGCACAAUCCCUCAGAUUAUCGCCUAACCCGCAGGAUUUGUUGUAGAGGCACCUGAUUCACCGGCAGCGACGAGCCGAGGCAGAGGAGAGGGAAUGAUUUAGAUUUUUAUCUGUAUGCUGUACUGGACUGGACUUUUCCUCGAGGCUCUCAGUGAUUGGAUGAAUUUUACGCAUGAAGAACUCCAGGAUGGGACACUUUGGAUGCCCCGUCUCCAAGUAACCAAAGCGACGCCAGUGAUGGCAGGUUUUACGCACAGCGCCAAGAUAUCAGGAGUGUUUCACCAACUUUUAUUUUGUCGGAGGUAACAUUUCUCUUUAGCCACCUGAGGUCUGAUAAUGUGUGAUUUUCCUGCUGCCGGUGGAAACCUCUAAUCCCUGCCUGAUUACCGCUACCAGAUGGAUUGCUUCCUGUCGACCAACCGGCUGACAUCAGGGCCUAGUCCUAUUAAUUUAACCGCUAUGCUCACGUCUUGAUUACAGAUUUGAAGCCAUUUAGGGCAGCUCAGCAUCUCUUCAUUAGACCCCAUCCUCUCCCCUGGUGCCAACAUGAGGAGAGCUGUACUCAAAGAAGCAGCCAAACGCUUCCCCUGGCUGGCCAAUGUCACUCUGUACGGGUGCUUAUUCGCCGGUGGUGACCUUGUGCAUCAGCUCAUGGCUCAGAAGGAGCGCAUGGAUUGGAAACAUACGCGCAACGUGGCUAUUGUGGCAAUCAGUUUCCAUGGGAACUUUAAUUACUUCUGGCUGCGGGCUCUGGAGAGGCGUUUCCCCGGGAAGUCCGCCGGGAUGGUUUUCAGAAAACUCCUGCUGGACCAGAGCUUCGCGUCGCCUUUGGCCACCAGUGUCUUCUACACAGGAGUGAGCUACCUGGAGGGCAAGGAGGACAUCUUUGAAGACUGGAGGGAGAAGUUCUUCAACACCUGGAAGACUGGACUCAUGUACUGGCCGUUCAUGCAGUUUCUGAACUUUGUCCUGAUGCCGCUGCACAUGCGUACAGCCUUCAUGGGCUGCUGCGCCUUCCUUUGGGCCACCUUCCUGUGCUUUUCUCGUCAGGAUGGCGAUGGCACCGCCGGCGUGGCUUUCGCCUUCGUCAUGGACCCGCGGAAGACCCUGGAGGAGAUGCGCUUGGCCCGGCUGGCUCGAAAAAAGCUAAAAAGGCAAAAGCAAAACUAAAAGAGACGGAGAGGGAGGACGCUGCGUCUGCUUGUUAUCUGUGGAGGGACGGCUGGGUGUCCACUCUAGCUAAGCAAAUACUCCAACUUGAAUUCACCUGGGAAUGCUUCAAGGUGGAAAGUUAUCCGUCACCUAUGCACCAAACAGCUGACUAUUAUGGAAUCCAAUGGGGCUGCGUGCCUAACACUUGUACAGCUGCGUAUGUAAUAUGUUUAAAACACCAUUCAUAACUUCUGGGUUCAUCCAAAAGACUGUAUGCAAACAUGAACGAUGCAGCUUCAUCUGCAUCCAUCAAAAUGAACCUGAUGUGUGUUUCGAUUCCAAAGUUUGACUCAUGUCUGUUAACAUGGAGGAGGUGGGCUUUAUGACCCAUGCUGCAGCCAGUCAGUGCAGGGAGCUCCAAACGGUUUGGUUUUACUUUGGUGAGCUGUUGUGUUGUCCAUUUUUAAACAGUCUAUGGUUCAUCCUCAUGGGAGCAUGAACAUGCUUGGAAAGUUACAUUGAAAGAUAGACUUGGUGUGAUUUUUGGGGGGUAUUUUAAAACCCCAGGCCUCAUUUUUGCAUGUUUGAGCACUAAAUCACCAAUGGAUGCAAAAGUCUGGAAUUGCUCAAGUAAAUUUCUUCAUUUGGGGCUGUAAGGGCUUGUAUCAGCUUGACAUUUUAAGUGUCUGAAAACAGUUACGUACAAGACUUCAUUGUUUAAUCACUGAUUUAGAAGUCUUGUACGUAUUUUUACCAUUUAAAACACUUUCUGUAUGCAAUAAAUCAAACAAAAUAACAGAUUGAGGCUGAAGUAGACCAGUAAGGCUUGUGUUUAGGAAGGUCAAAUUUACCCUUUUGUCCAUUGAGGUUGUUGGCUUUUGGAUAAAACAAUGAGAAGGCUGUUUCUUGAUGAUAAAAAAAAGCGUAUUGCUCUUUUAAAAAAAAUCUAUCUCUGUUGGGCUCUUUUGUGUAAUAUCCUCAGACACCAGGAAACAAUCUGAGCUUGUGAGUGGAAAUUAAGGACAUUACUUUUAUAAGAAUCAGGGUUGCAUUGCAGCCAUUAUGGCCUGUUUCAUGCCUGCAAAGUGGAGCAUCUUACUGGUGCAAUAUGAACUUUUCUUUGUGUAAAAAAAAGGGCCCAGGUUUUAAAACACCAGAUUUAAUCUUUGAGGGUUCCCUCCUUUAGGAUCCUGAAUAUUGAGACUUGGGAUGACAGACUGAUGGUUUAUGUGUGACUCAUUAAUGAGAUGUGAGGUUUGAGUGCGCAGGCCUGGCGUGUUGUGUUUACAGUUGCAGUGAUGAAGAGAUGAUGGUCUUACCUCCAAUCGAUGAAGGUUUCAGCUCAAAUCAGAUGGACUUUUUAUGUUAAAUGCAGACUCUGGUUUAAUGGUGGCGAUGGUUUGACAUGUAGUGAAGCCCCUGAUUUUCCACCAGUUGUGCCUUCUCUCUGGGACGGGACUGUCCUUCAAGCGUCUACACAGCA